AUCUAUUCAGCCUCCUCUCAAUAUUUUAUGUUUUCCCACUUCCGGAUGCUUUUGGUUGGGAGAAAAUCAGAAUGGCGUUUACGUUUGCUGCAUUUUGCUAUAUACUUGCACUAAUUUUGACUGCAGUUUUGAUAUUCUUUGCAAUAUUUCACAUAAUAGCUUUCGAUGAACUCAAAACAGACUACAAGAAUCCAAUAGACCAAUGUGGAAGCCUCAAUCCACUGGUUCUGCCGGAAUACUUCAUCCACAUUCUGUUUACAUUCCUCUUCAUCACGGCCAUGGAGUGGUUCACGGUGCUCCUCAAUAUCCCUCUCAUUAUUUACCAUAUACGAAGGUACAUAAAUCGCCCGGUCAUGAGCGGGCCUGGGCUGUAUGACCCCACCACGAUAAUGAACGCUGACGAACUUAAUCGAGCACAGAAGGAGGGAUGGAUCAAGCUGGCUUUCUAUCUUAUCUCAUUUUUCUACUACUUAUACUGUAUGAUCUACACACUUGUGUCUGGAUAAAGAACAGCUGUGGAUGAUGGAGAAGUUCUUGUUGAUGCGUGGAGCCAUGUGAGACUGAGUGACACCAAACUGUAGAGGAGGCAAAACACAAAGCUUAGCUAUUGCCAUAUUUUUUGUAAAUCAAGAUAUUGUCCUAAGAUUUUUAUUCUCCAGUGUUUGGUGCAAUAUAUUUUGAGUAUUUUUUUGUGUAAAUGUGUAUUUGUUUUAUUCUGUGUAUGACAUUACAUGAUGUCCCUGUGAACCUAGUCUUUAUGUACAAUAAGCAGGUUUCUAAACUCUAUUUUAUUGAUGUAUUAUUGUACACUAGACAGUGUCAGAAUGAAUAACAGCUGAACACAACAAACAUUAGCAGUAUUUCUCUAUUAUUUUGAUCUUUAUUGGUGCAAAAUCUUCUGGAAAUGGCUGGAAUAUUAAAUCCCACAAUAGGUAAUCAUUCAAAACAUCUGGUAUCAAACCAGGUUGAAUGAUCAAUUUUUUUGUGAUCUUCAGUAGACAUAAGGCAGAGAAUUAAGAAAAUAUGAUGAAAAAAAACCCUUCCAAUUUACCUAAAACACUUGCUGCAAGCCUGUGUUGUUUACUGACAGGUACCGGUAAAUCAUUAAAAAAAAAAUAUCAACAAUAUUUUGAUGGGGAUUUUUACAAUUUUACCAACGAUUCAGAAUUUUUUUCAUGUUAUAUGCAUUUCUGUAUGAUAUUGUACAAGGUAAUUCACUUUUUUGGGAGAAAUGACUAUGUGAAAAAAAGUAUGUUGUUAAAUUUACUUGGAUUCUGUAAUAUCCGAGAAUGAGCAGCAUAGAUCAAUAGUCGAGGUCCACAGUCGGUCUUGUUUGAGGAAGGAAGUGGCGACAGCCUUUACCUCACCAUUCAUUGAGUCCCAGUCCAACUAUAUUAAGGAGUUAAGCCCUGUCUUCAACACAGAUACAAAACAUCUGGUUAUGGAAUUCAGGCAUUGCUUUGUACCAUUCUGGCUUUUUAUCUUGCUUUAUUAUCAGUACUUAAAGAAAUGCUAUUUUGUUGUGUAUGUGGCAUUUGAAUAAAUUAUUGUAUAUUUUGUUCACUUUGUAGUACAAAUUAGUUCAUAUUGUAUAUGAACAAGUUUUAAAUAAAUACAUUUUAUAAUUA